ACGAGAGAGACCGAACUCAGACCCAAUAACUCCCCUAGGUGGCGGCCCACGGCCCAUAUUAUCUUCAGCCGUGAAGCUCCGUCCUCCUUGCACUCAAUUCAGCAAGCAUGCUGUCUUCACAGUAUAUAGCCUUGUGCUCUUAUUCCUUCCAAAAGACAGGCAACUCAACCGUUCCCAUCGCUCUCUUUGUCUCGAUCUCCUCCCACACUGACCACAAUGCAACUUCUCACCCUUUCAAAGAUCACAGUAAUGCUAUUCGCGACCUACGCAUAUUCAAAUUGUCAGAUGGCCGGCUUCAACGAGUGCAAAUGGUGGGGCAGCUCCCCAUUCUGCGGGUCCAGCAAAUCCACCCCCGGCGACACCGACUCGGACGGCUGGCUCUUCGUCGCCUCGACAAGGACAAAGAAUUGGGAUGUGCUGUGCAGGGAGAUCUCCGACUCGUGUUGUCGGGACUACGGAGACGGGUGUCUGACCGGGAUACGCCAUGUCAAGUGUGGGGAAGAGAAGCCCGCGUGCAGCCAGUGCACACGCUCUGGGCGCAAAUGCGACGGCUACACCGAAGCCUCACAAAGUCAACUUCGCCAAGCCCUCAUCCAGUCUACCCCUUGGCACCCGGGGUUGAGCCCGACUUCGGAUCAAAGGAUUGUGCUCGUGCCAGGCACGUGGGAGGAGCGGCAGUACGUGCAGUUCUUUUGCACGCAAACCGCGCCCGCGCUGUCGGGCUUCUUCCCGUCGCAGUUCUGGAACCAGUUCCUCCCGCAACUCAGCCAUCGUAACCAGGCGGUCCGGCAUGCCGUUGCCGCUGUCGGAGCGCUGCACCAGCGUCAACUGGCAGGCUGGUCUGAGCCUGCACAGGCCACUGUUGAGUUCACGCUGCAACAGUACAACAAAGCGAUCCAACAGUUUCUACGGCAGAUCGAAGUCCCGAACGAGAUGGGGUCUGACCUGAUGCUCAUCCAAUGCCUCCUAUUUGUCUGUCUCGAGAUGCUCCAGGGCAACUCCAGGCAAGCCAUGAAUCACGUCCAAGGCGGCCUGGACAUCCUCUCGAGGCAGACUGUCGCUGUCGACACUAUCAAUAAAGACCUGUUCCAGUUCUUCUGCCGACAAAACAAUCAAUUGUCGUACUUUGGUCGACCGCUCAUGCCAGCGCUGGACAUAGGAUCUCCCGAUUCUUCCCCUCUCCGAUCGCAUAAAAAUCUCAGUUUUGACCAUAUCGACCAGGCGAGGGAUUACCUGACGAGCAUGAUUACCAGGUGCCUGUCCUUUGUCCGUUUCGCCCAGCAUCACGUCCUGGCAAACCCACCGCAACCGCUGUACUCAGAACAUUUCCAGCAGCAAGGAGCAUUACUCAGGGAGUGCCAUGCAUGGUUCCAAGCCUUCGAGACACUGCGGAGAAAGCCCGCCAAGGCCAGCGGGACCCUCGAUCCGCGGGCGCCCUUGUCUAUGGCAUGCCAGUACCACACCGCGAUCACGUGGCUGAGCACUUGUACCUCUCUCGAUGAGAUGGUUCUCGACAAGUUCAUCCCGAAUUUCGAAGCCAUCGUGUGUGCAGGUGAGAAGUUGGUCGAAUUGUGUGUUGUAGACGAACGCAGCUCGGUCGGGGAGCAGUUUUUCCUCGACGCUGAGCUAAUACCUGUGCUUUACUGGACGGCCCAGCGCUGUCGACACCCGGUUCUGCGGCGGAGAGCUCUUGCUCUAUUAUCGAGAUACCCAGCCCGGGAAGGCUUGUGGGACAAAGGGCUGCAUGUUGCGGUGGCGAGUCGGGUUAUGGAACUGGAGGAGGUGGGGCUUUCGCAUCUGCCCGUCGCGCAGAGGACUCCGCUGGCACGUCAGCGGGUGCACGAUGCGUCAAUAGUAAGCGAAAGGGAGUCACGGGCGAAUCCGUGCCUGGUGCUUUUCCGCUCUAAGCCUCAUGGACUAGACGGGCCCUGGGAGCUUCGAUGGGAGAAUGUGGGCUGGUGAGCGAGACGAGGCGUCCUCUCGCAGGAUCAGCCGUGGCUAAAUAGAUCUACC